UCAACUUUCAAUUCGCGCGAAACCCUUUGCAUCUUCCUCCGGUGCUGCCGCAUGUGCUGCUGCUCCCCGCCGUUUUCUCUCCUGUCGGCAGCUUCCGUCUGUGCUGCGGUGGCCCCUGCGUCGUUCUCCCCUUUACAUCAGGCACGCCUCUCUCUCCCCCCCCAUCCCUCCCGCUCCUCGCCGGGUCGGCCAUGGCCGACGCAGAGAGGUCCUCCCGGCUUGAGGUGGCCGACGCACACUGGGGCUGUUCUUUCUUCUCAUUUCUAAGAAAGAGAAUGUAUGAGUAGCAUGGCUGACGCACACCUCCCAUUGGGAGGAUGCCAACCCAGAGAGGCGCCGGGAGUGGCUGCACAAGGGAGCCUUGGUAGCUCUCAUGCCGAACAUGGGUCACCGUCAGUUACGAGAUUAUCUAAAGGGGCUUCGAUGGAAACAGUUGAUAAGAAGGCUAAUUAUGUGGGAAGUGCGGACAAGGUCACGCCCAAUAUAGACAUGUUGGGUGCUGGUCUGCAAAAUGAAGUUGGUGAAUGCAGCUGCUUCUGAAUGUCAUUAUACAGGGCAAUCAAACAGCAAAAAAGAAAUUCUUGAAAGGUUCUUCCAGAAAAUCAAACAUGCCCUCAGUCCAGAAGAAUUUUUCUCAUUCAGCUUAUUCCAAAACUAUAAUUAUGCAUCCAUCAAAUGGACCCUAAGAGGGUUUCCUUUUGCUUCUGCAGCGUUGUCUUUUCUUUUGUCAUCACAGGGCUAUCUAUUGUUGCCAACAUGAAGGUCACUGCCACCACUUAUCAUACUUUAUCUUUACAAGAGCUUCACCUUGUCAAGCACCUCUCUCGGGUGAUAAUAAACAGGCAGCCUACAUCACUCCCAUUGAUUUUCUUACUACUUUGACUUGCUUUAUGAUGCAUGAAAUCAUUAAAUGCUCCAUACAAUCAGUGAUGAAGAGGUUGAAAUGCAAGUUUGUUUCCAAUCUCACUCAAAGCUCUCUCCCUCUUACCACAGCAUGCUUCAUGGUAGGAGGCCUUUGCCACCAUCGUUGUUACUCUCAGAAACCCCAAAAUAUGAGGUAUCAACAUGGGGUGAUGGCAAGAAACAUUGAUUUUGGAUUAAGAUACCAUGGAAAUCUCACUCCUCGCAUCAUUAACUCGUGUUUGGAAGCCUGCCCAUCUGAUAUCAUGGCAUUAUCCCUUUUGUUGUGGUUUGGCCGGCAGCCAGGUUACUUCCAUGAGUCGCAAGCCUACAAAAUUGCUGCUCCUAUCGUCCAACGGCUCAUGAAUCGACUAGAAUCUGUGGAUGCUUUGCUAUGUGAAUUGGAGAAAAUUGGCUGUGUGGUAAAAGCUUAUACUUUUCUUGUUUUGAUGAGGAUCUCUUGGCAAGAAAGCAUGUAUGAACUAGCAGUAGAAGCUUUUCAAGCGAUGUCUAAGUUUGGGUUCAUCCCGAACACCUAUGCUCGGAACAUGAUAAUUGAUAUCUUGUUCAAAAUCGGACGGCAGGAUGCUGCAUUGUCUAUGGUCAAUGAUACCUACCUCCCUAAUUACUUGACAUAUGAAAUCACUAUUAAGAAUCUGUGUAAGCUGGGAGAUGUUGAUAGAGUUCAGAGGUUUAUGAAAGUGGUGGUGGGCAAUGGGUAUUCUCCAAACUUUGCGACAUACAUGAUGGUUGUGAACUGUUUCUGCAAGGCAAGGAGGGUGGUGGAUUCCUUGCCAAUACUUGGCCUUAUGAUUACUUCUGGCCAUGACAUCUCUGUGUCUAUCUGGAGUAUCUUAAUAGAUGGAUUCUGUAGAAUUGGCAGUGCUGGUAGAGCUGUUCAAAUGCUGCGAGACAUGGAAAAAUGCGGGUGCUGCCCGAAUGUCUUUACAUAUACGUCACUAAUUAAAGGACUGUUUGAAGUCCAAAUGUUUGAGGAAGCAUGGAAUGUAUGGCAGGGAAUGCAAUCAAAAGGGUGUGUCCCUGAUCUGGUUGUUUAUAAUGUCCUUAUUCAUUCUUUCUGCAAAUGUGGUCAGCAUAACAAGGCAGUAGCAUUAUUUCUUCAGAUGGGCCAGAGAAACCUGAAACCGGAUUCCUAUACUCUUUCCUCUUUGGCGCCUACUCUAAGGCAUGGUGAUGACUUUGUACUGUUCAGGAGAGCAGGGAUAUCGCUUGAUCUUGUUUGCUAUAAUUCACUUAUGAAUGCUCUCUGUAAAAUGGGAUACACAUCAAAGGCCUUGGAGAUAUACAAUGAUAUGGUAGAAGAGGGCAUUUUUCCAGACAGGUUUAGUUAUGCUACUUUACUCUAUUGUCUCUGCAGAGAAGGGAGAGUUAAUUAUGCAAUUAAUGUGUAUUACGGACUUCUUCUUAGCAAUGCUAGUCUUGAUGCUCAUGUUCAUACUGUCUUGUUGAAUGGGCUUGUAGAAGCUGGUAAGUAUCAUACAGCGAUCAGAUUGUUCAGGAAGGCUGUCACUGAGAAUUGUGGACUUGAUAUAGUGUCUUACACGGUCAUUUUGCGUGGGCUUGUUAUAGCUGGUAGAUUCGAUGAGGCGAGCAGUUUGUUCAGCCAUAUGGUAGAACUUGGUUUGGUUCCUAACACAUUUACAUUUAAUGUGUUGUUACAUGGUUUUGCCAAGACUCGAGAUACUGCUGCUGUCAAGAAAAUUUUGAAAGAAAUGUAUGCUUUUGGGGUUGAUAUGGAUUCUGUAACCUUCAAUAUACUUAUUGGUUUCUUGUGUAGAAUCCAUCGCAUGAAAUCAGCUCUCCAUCUAUUUUCUGAAAUGUGCAGCUAUGGAAUCAGGCCUACUAAGGCCACUUAUGCAAUUAUUAUUGAUGGGCUUUGCAAGAUUGGAUGGCUGGAAGAUGCUUAUCUCAUGAUUGACUAUCUAGAAGAAGGAGGAUUUGUUGAAGAGAACACUUAUAGUGCAACUAAUAUUCUCCCACUUAAGUCACGCACACUGAAAUCAAUUCUUAGAUUCAAGGAAAUGGCAUAUUUUGAAAAGUCAGAAGUGGCAACCUUUGCAUAACUUGCAUAUGGGCAGGUGCACACAGUCACACGUGUGUGUGCACAAAUGCACAUCUUGAAUACGUGCUUGCAUCGAUCUCCAUAUUUCAGGUUCAUUGAAGUUCAAUCUAAUCAAGAAUGGCUUUGAAGUUGGUAAAGGAGAGCAACCAUUGCCACAUUUAUUAUGUCUUCAAGGUGGACUGAGCUUUGAAUGUCCACCAACUGAAGCUAGUGGUUGGCUGAAGAAAGCUUGUGAAGAAUACGUGUCAUAUUUCUU